AUGGAGAGGCCAGACGCUCAAAUCAAUUACAAUGAUGCUGUGGAAUACUGGACGUCAAUUCCAGCAACGGUAGACGGGGUUUUAGGUGGAUAUGGCGAGACCACAACAGUCCCCGCAAUGGACGUUGUGGGUUCGAACCAUUUUUUGAGGAAGUUGAAGUCUCGAAUGGUUUUGGAGUCUGGGUACAAAAAGAUAGGUUGCGAUAUUGGCGCCGGGAUUGGUCGCGUUACGCGGGACAUGCUACAUAAACAUUGCGAAAUUGUAGAUCUUGUCGAACCGGUCAAGCCGUUCGUGGAUCAAAUGCGUGUUGAGCUGGAACCGCUUGCAAAAGAAGGACGAUUAGGCCAGAUUUUUGACAUUGGAAUGCAAGAGUGGAUUCCAGAGGAGAAAAGGUACUGGCUUAUUUGGUGUCAGUGGUGUGUAGGCCACUUACCGGACGACGAGCUUAUAAAGUUUUUUCAGCGUUGCAAGAAGAGUCUUCAACCCAAUGGGACGAUAGUCGUGAAGGAGAACAACACUAAUGUGCCAGAGGACGAUUUCGAUGCCACAGAUUCAUCAGUAACGCGUUCGGACGAGAAAUUCAAGCAGCUGUUCGAGAAGGCUGGAUUGAAGCUGAUAGCCACAGAACGACAAAAGGGCCUUCCGAAGGAACUCUAUCCGGUUCGUAUGUACGCGUUGAAGCCGCAAGACAGCUGA